AUGGCAACCUCUGAACCCCACCCCGAUCUUAACAAAUUGGAAGCUGGUGAGACACAUUUUACCAAUUCCAGUAACUCAUCGCAGCCACAUAACCAGCAUGCUUCCCAAUUUGAUUAUGGUCCCCUGGCGCAUGUCAAUACCGCCGAAACACGUCUCGCACCGUUCGGUGGCGAGUUCCAACCUGGACUCUAUCGUCCUGUGACGGACCGAAAGGUUGCGAACCCUGCUCCGCUAGGUCUUUGUGGUUUUGCUCUUACGACAUUCGUUUUGGGCUGCGUGAAUAUGCAGACUCGUGGGAUUACUGCGCCGAAUAUGAUUGUUGGGCCUGCAUUUGCCUAUGGUGGAUUGAUUCAGAUUCUUUCUGGAAUGUGGGAAAUGGCGAUCGGAAAUACUUUUGGAGCUACAGCCCUGACGUCGUAUGGCGGGUUUUGGAUCUCGCUGGCUAUAUCAUUCACUCCCGGUGGAUUCGGUAUCCAACAAGGUUUAAUCGAAGCUGACAAUGGGAGUUUGGGAAUGUUCUAUGACUCCCUGGGACUCUUCCUCAUGGGAUGGUUCAUCUUCACCUUCCUGAUGCUACUCUGCACUGUUAAAUCCACCGUCGUGUUCUUCUCGCUCUUCUUUGCGGUCGACCUCGCUUUCCUCCUUCUCGGAGUCGGCUACAUGAGUCGCAACGAACUGGAAGAGCCAAACGCAAAGGUAAUCAAAGCGGGUGGGCUUUUUGCACUCGUAGCGGCUUUUCUGGCGUGGUGGGUGGCUCUUGCUGGUGUUGCCGACAACAGUAACAGCUUUUUCAUUGUUCCUGUUUGGCAUUUUCCAUGGUCCCCUAAGGGUAAGGAGAGCCGGAAUAAGGAGAAGGGAGGUGCUUAA